GUCACCGACAAGACUAAAACUCGAGAACACCAGAUCCACGCCUGUGACAACCCGAUCGACAUACACUCCAAGACAAACCAGCACACGCCCAAGACCCGCCAAAAGCCUAGUCCUCACAAUGCUCAGCGCACCCUCCAUAGCCCACACAGGGGUCGCCCUCCUUGUCCUGAUGUGUCUUUGUCCCUUCUCACAGUCUACAGAGGCGUCAUUAAGCAGAGCGAAGCGAGGUUUCCGCCUCAACUCUGCGUCACGGGUUGCCCAUGGCUACGGCAAGCGUGGGUACGCUUCCUCUUCCGGUGCCGUCCCUUACCCAGAGUUGGCGAGAGAUGUCCUAGACAACUUACGAGCAGAAGAGGAGGAAAAAGAAUUGGAGUGGUCAAUCAUGAGCGUGGAUGAGCUGGCGUCUCUACUGCAGUCACACCCAAAGCUUGCCCGCGCCUUAGUGAAAAAGUUCGUGGAUAUCAACGGUGACAACUUAGUUACGGCAGAGGAACUUUUCCGGCCCCCCACGAGGAAGUAACUCUUGCCGCCUCAUGGAAGGGGGAGUUGCUACGCCUGUCCCACAUGAGUUGGCUCAAUUAUCUGCCCUUUGCAGGUCUGGGGUUCGGGAGAGGGAACUAUAUUGACAUCGCUCUAUCUUUUAUUUUUUUAUUUUUGUUUUUGUUUCUCUGUCCAAAGAACAGCUGAUGGGACCUCUGGAAUUUUUUCUGAGUUGAUGAUACUUUCGAGGUAUGGAUCUUUUUUCGUCUAUGAAUGUCUGAAAAUAACAUUGUCCAUAUUACUGUUUGGCCCCUUUGUUCUCACGACCAAGGCUUGAGAUUGUUCCUCCCUGGAAAAGAAGAAACUGGACAUUCUGACUCUUCUGGAAAUACGUUUUGAUUACACUUUCAAAUUAACAAUGUACAAAUAAACUAGAACAUGUCUGAGGUUCCGUUUAC